UACCAAAACGCGUUAAGCUAUUUUCGUUCCCUGAUUUCCGCACGUGUUGGCGCCGCUCAAAAAGCCUUUUAGUUGCCGUUUAUAAGUUUGCGAUCGUCGUGCGAUUUGAUUCUAAAAGCAGGCCUAUAGGACAAACAAAUACAUCAUGAAAGACACCCAAGUCAAAGUUAGACAACACCACAGAGGAGGAGCCCGUGAAGGAGGCAGCUGAGGUGCCGGCCAGUUCCAGCUCCGACGAAGAUGAGUACGAUGACAUAGAUGACGAUGAUGAGCCAAUGGACGAAGGCGAUGAGCAAACCACUUGUCUCUUUUGUACCGAAACAUCUACAAGCAUCUCGGUGGCCAUUGACCAUCUGGACGCCCGGCAUAAAGUGAAUCUGUCGGAGCUUCGGCGUAAAUUCCAAAUGGACCAGUAUUCCUUUAUCAAACUGAUAAACUACAUAAGAGCAAACAAGAUCAGUGCAGAGCAGUUAUUGUCUGCGGAACAGCCGUUUUGGCAGGAUGAGAAGUACCUCCAGCCCGGGGAGUAUGAGCCCUGGCUUUGCUAUGACUACGAAGACCUUAAAACAGACGGCGCUCCGACGCAGCCCUCGGUUCUGGAGCUACAACAGCGGAUUGCAGAGCAGUCGCAAUUGCUGCAGCAGGCCAACGAGGACAUGGAACGCAUGCGCAACGAUUACAAGGCGCUGCUGCAAAAGGUACAUGCUGACGGCGAGCCAAAAGGUUCCAACCAGAGCGUACCGCGCAACAACGUCUGUCUCGACAACGAAUACUUCAAAAGCUACUCCCACUUUGGCAUUCACCAUGAAAUGCUCAGCGACGAGGUGCGGACCAGCACAUAUCGCGCGUCUUUACUCCAAAACGAGGCCGUUGUUCGGGGCAAGACAGUGUUGGAUGUGGGAUGCGGCACGGGAAUCCUAUCCAUCUUCGCUUCCAAGGCGGGUGCAGCCCGCGUUGUCGGCAUAGAUAACUCGGACAUUGUGUACACGGCCAUGGAUAUCAUCAGGAAGAACAAGGUUGAGAACGUUGAACUGAUCAAGGGUCGGCUGGAGGACACAGAUCUCCCAGAGCCCAAAUACGACAUUAUUAUAUCCGAAUGGAUGGGCUAUUUUCUUUUGUACGAAUCAAUGCUGGACAGCAUUAUCUACGCCCGCGAGAAUCACCUCAAACCCAAUGGCAUAAUACUGCCCAGUCGCUGUACACUCAGUCUCUUGGGCUAUGGAGACGACACGCUUUAUGCCGAGCAAGUGGAAUUCUGGUCUAACGUUUACGAGGUCGACAUGAGCAAUCUGCGAAAGCAAUCAAUAGAGGAGCCACUGAUGCAGGUGGUGGAUGCAAAGUUCAUGCUGACAGAGCCCGAACAGAUAGCUAACUUCGAUAUAAUGACCGUCGAUAUAAACUAUCCAAACUUUACUCACCAGUUUAGCUUGAAGGUCACGAAACCGGGAAGAAUAUCCGCCUUUGUGGGUUACUUUGACACACUGUUUGAACUACCCUCUCCCGUCAUGUUCAGCACAUCACCAAGUGCGACGCCCACCCAUUGGAAGCAGACGGUUUUCUUCGUCGACAACCCGCAGGUUGUGAAGGAAGGAGACGUCAUUAGUGGGAAAAUCACGUCAAGAAGACAUAAAGAGGAUGUCAGAGGCCUUAGUGUGGACAUAGAAGUCUUUGGAAAGAAACACAAAUACAUUGUGGUUUAAGGUGCUUGUUUUUGAAUAGAAUUAAAUAAAUCUAAGUUGGAAUUCAAUUUCAAAAAAAUUAACCUCA